UGAAGGCAGCAUCAGGACCAAGGGUGUGUGCAGUCAGUCAAGCUGACAGAGGGAGUCAGGGAGAGGAAAACACCGGGAACAUCUCUGCCUGGUUCAGCCGUGUCUGUUCUCGGUCUCCUCGGGUCUCCCUGCUCUCGGAGCGGAUCAUGGACUGUUCUCUGAGCUAGUUCUAGAGGAAAACACGGACCGUCCCCGGAGCUAAACCUGCAGGUGGAGUCUCCCAUCAUCUUCACCAUCAUCCUCAGAUUUCCCUCCAGAGGAGACCAAGCAGCGCUGAAAGGAUGCAGACUUUCCUGAGGGGGCGCAGGGUGGGCUACUGGCUCAGUGAGAAGAAGAUGAAGAAGCUGAACUUCCAGGCCUUUGCUGAUCUCUGCAGGAAAAGAGGAAUAGAAGUCGUACAGCUGGACCUCAGCCAGCCUCUGGAGGACCAGGGUCCGCUGGACCUCAUCAUCCACAAACUGACCGACCUCAUCCUGGAAGCGGACCAGAACGACUCACAAGCCGUGCUGCAGGUCCAGAGAGUACAGGACUACAUCGAUGCUCACCCUGAGACCGUGGUCCUGGACCCGCUACCAGCCAUCCGAACUCUGCUGGACCGCUGCAAGUCCUAUCAGCUCGUUCACAGAAUAGAAAGGUGUAUGCAAGAUGAGAGGAUUUGCUCUCCUCCAUUCAUGGUCCUGAACACGGAGUGCACCCCGGACGUACUGGAGCAGAUCAAGCUGCAGGGUCUCACAUUCCCCUUCAUUUGUAAAACCCGUGUGGCUCAUGGCACCAACUCCCAUGAGAUGGCCAUUAUCUUCAGUGAAGAGGACAUGAAGGACGUGAAACCCCCGUGUGUGAUCCAGAGCUUCAUCAACCACAACGCCGUGCUGUACAAGGUGUUUGUGGUGGGAGAGUCCUACACUGUGGUGGAGAGGCCCUCCCUGAAGAACUUCCCUGCUGGCCCUGCAGGUGAGCAACGGCUGAGGAGUCUGGAGGCUGCACACAUCCUCAUCGAAAGGAAAGCCAUUUUCUUCAACAGCCACAACGUCUCCAAACCCGAGUCGUCCUCAGACCUGACCUCGAGAGAGAACGUGGAGGGGGUGUCCCAACCGCCCUGCGAUGAUGUCAUCAGGGAGUUGUCCAGGUCACUGCGGCAGGCUCUGGGCGUGUCACUAUUCGGCAUCGACGUCAUCAUCAAUAAUCAGACGGGUCAGCACGCCGUCAUCGACAUCAACGCGUUUCCCGGCUACGAAGGUGUCCCGGAGUUCUUCAACGACCUGCUGAGCCACAUCAGCAGCAUCCUGCAGAGCCAUAACCCCGACUUUGCUCCAGGUGCCGAGCAGCCCAACGGCUUAGCGGUGAGCGGCGGUGGCGCCACCCCUCAGGCCCCCUGCAACAGCGUGCGAGGGAAAGAGCUACAGAGACUGGGCUGCAACUCAACUGUGUCUCCCAACUUCCAGCAGCACUGCGUCUCUACGAUAGCAACAAAGGCCUCCUCCCAAUGACUGAGCCCGGCCCGGCCCGCUUGAUUCCAUAACAAAUAAAUCACAGUGGUGACAGUAAUAAUAAUAAUAAUAACAACGACGAAUAAUAAUCAGUAAUUAAUGAUGUUAAUAAUGUAUCUAAUCAACGAUAGGCCUUUUCCUCUGUGGUUACUGAAACUGUUGGUGAUUGGGUGUAAGCUUCCUUCCCCUUUUUGUACAUUUGGUUCUGUCUGAUAAGACUGUCUCAGUACUGUAACGUGAGCCUUUGGGAACCUAAAAGCUGAUUUCACUUUUCUCCCUUGUGGGAUCUCUGUAAAGAAAGGGUCCAGAUGAGGUAGCAAACGGGGACAGCCUGAUCCGAGCUGGAGAAACUUUCAGACUGAAGCACAUCCACCAAUCAACAGGUCCUGCUCCUGUGGGCUUGUUCUCGGGUCAGAACCGCUCUGUGGAAGUGAAAGGGAACGAGACGGCAUUCCAGCAUCGCUCCACAGAUCCCAGGCUGCUGCAGAUUGAAGCCGGCUGAUUGCCGGGGACUUUGGGGUCAGAUCGAGUUUAGUUGGAACCAAUGUGAGCGGUUUGUCUCUCCAAGUGCCAUGAAAUUAGUUUGUUGGUGAGAGAAACGUUAACAUCCAUGAUCACAUGACCAAGUUUUCCGCAGCCGUUUGGCUGAUUUCCUUCUCAUUAGCUCCAGAUGUUUGAUGUCCAACAAACGGCAUCUGAGCGUCAGCUCGGUUCUCUGCGACCACAUUCCCCUUUUUUUUAAUGACUGCAGAGAAAUUCCAGGAGUUUUUUCAAUAUUCUCCUUAAACAGCCAUGUCACUUUAAACCAUUUUUCUUUUUUAAGUCCUAAACAUUUGAAGGUUGAAUAGAUCUAAGGCACCCAGAGAAACAAGGGGAAAUCAGUAGUUUUCCCGUCUUUUAUCCUCUUCUGCAGAUCUCCAGUCAGUUCCUUCGCUCCGAGCUCAAACCUGACCCGUCUCCUCUUCCAGCUGCUGUAUCCAUGAUGGGAUGUCCAGCUCUUGUUCCCAAUGUUCACUGUGAUUUUUUUUUUUUUUUUUUACUCCAGCUUGUUUAUACUUUUGUCUUAACAUCUAAUGAGAGUAACUUUAUUUUAUUGAGAUUUUAUGGGAAAAUGUUUUAUAUAAAUAAUAUGAGAGCAGUAAUGUUUUUGAACAUGUGGAUAUUUUACAGUAAAAUGGCUCGCAUGUUGAUGAUCAAAAUGAAAGCAGCACUGCUGUUCAGUCUGUAAAUGAUUGCAUUCCUCUGAGCCUGCCUCUUAAAUCUCAGAGAUCAUUCCUUCUGGUUUCUCCACUUAAGCAAUUGUCAUUGAAAUCCAUAAGCGAUCGGAUUGGGUUGACAUCAGGUUCAGGAGAAUGUAAUGCAUCCCCGUUUUAACGGGGAAAGGCUGAUAUCCGUACACGGCGCUGUGCUCUUCCCUUCUCUGCUUCAUUCUGAUUUUAGAAAAUAACCUGAGAUUAAUACCAUUUCCUGCUCCCACUUUCACCUCAAUGUUUACUUCUUGGGUGUCUUAUAUGUUUAUAUGCACCGAGGCUAAAUUCCGUAUAGUAUGUUUUGUAAGAGUUCUGUAAUUAAGAUCCAUAAUUUUGACCUUUUUUUAAUUAAAGGGCCAGUUCAACCGGCAAAAUAAACAUGUGAA